UCGGUUAAUGUAUCAACUACUUAAUCCCACAAAGGAGAAAGUUUACUCAAUAAUAAAAUAUGACUAUUUUGAGUCAAAUUUUCCAAACUGGGUGAAUGUGACACAAGUGGCUCUAUAGCAAAAAUAGUAGACGAAGAAAUGAAGAUGGUGCAUAGUAAAGGAGUGGGAUUGCCAAAAACCAUCGUCUAUUGAUCCAUCCGCCAUCCACCACCGAAUUUCGGGGUUUUCCGGAAGUGGAGAGGAGAAGAAAGGUGGAGAAAGUCGAGAGCACGGGAGAGAGAGGACACUUUGAAUUCUAUACGAAGAAGGGAGUGAUUCCUCCUUCGGUCACCGAAACCCAACCUGUCUUCUCACCUUCUUUUGGGGUCGCAGAGAACUAAAUUAGUUAUGUAAUUAUACAGAUUACUAUACUCCUGCUACAUGUUCCGGGGUUUAGUUUUUGUGAGGGUGGUGGAGUUUGUUCAACUGAUUUUGUAUAUUUAACUCAAAUUCCAUUGUAGGUCGACUGUAGGUCAAGAACAGAACAGCAGGUGUUGAUAAAUUCCGUUAAGUUUCCAAGUGUUCAAUUAGCUGCCAAUUUGUUAACUGAGUUGCAUCAUCAGUAUUAUUUCAUACGAACUAACUUUAGUGAAAGUAGCGGGUGGAUGAGGGGGGAAAUUUAUUAGUGUUGAGAGUUUCGAAGCGACGACCUCAUUUUCGGAUAGGGUUGCAAUAAGGACCCGAAGGUGGCAGGUCGCGAAGAAGGUGACUUGAAGUGAAAGGACUCGUCGAAAGUAAGCUAAAUUCCCGGAAGUCAUGUACACCAGUCAUGUUCAAGUAGUUGUCCCCACCACCUUGUUCCCCCCACUAGUUGUUGUUAGCACCACUUCUUCUAGCCGUGUGUAGUAUAGUUCCUUUGUCCGGUCCGAGUAGUUGUGUGGAGAGUUGUUAUCUAUAAGAGAGCAUUAAUAACAACCUCCGAAUAAUUCAUUCAUUGAUGUUGGACGUUUUGAAGAUCAAAGAUCAACUUACAGAGCUCACAAUGGCAUCAAGUGGCUACGCAGGGUCGUCAACGACUGACCGCACGGUGAACAAGGUUGCACUCUGUUCUGCCAUUUUUGCGGGGUUUGCAUACGUCGGCUACUCCGUUGUCCGUACCGCGUUCCAUCGACGGAGAAAGGAGGGCGACUUAAGCUAUCCAGAGGGCGAGGCGAGGUUAUACUUUCGUCGUUUGUCACAAACAACACAGACAGAUGCAUUGUUGGGCAAUUUGGACGUCUCCAACUCAGGAAAGAUCGUCCUGCGGCCAUUGUCCGUUCAAGAAAGAAUUCGAGAACUCAACUUUAGAGCGAGACAUUUUGCUGAUACUAUGCUCGCUUUACAAGGAAACGGAGGAGCCGGUCGUCAUUCGUCAAGAAGUUUACAGUGCUCACCGUGGAGUUCGCCUCGGAUCCUGAGCCCUGUUGACAUUCGGCAUUUUAUUGCUAGUCGUUCGUCAGAUAAUUUGUCACUUGUUCCUGCUGAAGGAUCUCCAGUUCGACGAAGAUGGUCGCGUAAGUCAAUCGCAAGAAAGAGCCCGGAGGUGGGGUUUAGCGCAGAAGAGAGCACGAGAGAGGCAGAUAAGGCUAUUCAAGACAUUAGUGAAGAGCUGAAGGAGAAACUAGAGUCCCUUAGCUUAAAAGGAAGAACUAUGGAUGCGUAUGAAGCUAAGACACUUGUAGCACUUCUUUAUACGUCAGACGAGGGGGUUUUGGAAAGGGCAUUGAUCAGUGCUGCAAAUUUGGCCACAAUGGCGCAUAACCAGAACAACUUAAGAGAAGCAGGCUGUCUUCAAAGGUUACAAAAUCUUCUUAGUCAUCCCAAGAGUGAAAUACGGCUGGCCGCGAUCCGGGCAUUAGGUAAUAUGGCUCUAAACGAAAUGAAUCAACGAGAAAUGAAGCCAAUAAUCCCAGCUUUGAUGUCCUAUAUUGGAGACAUCAGUAAGCAAGGAGAGGAAAUUGUGGAAGCGGUAUUAACCACUCUGGCAAAUAUUGCCGUUCUCCCAGAUUGGCACACCGAAUUUUGUCCUGCACUUCAUACAUUGUACUCACUGCUGGAUCAGUUAUCUCUCCCAAUCAGGCUUCAAUCAUUAAAGCUUCUUGUGAAUCUCUCAACAAACGAAGAAAUGGUUCCUAGUCUUCUAGCUGCUCAGGCACCAAAGCGGCUCUUGUACCUGUUGGAUAAUAAUGAAGAGCAAGAAGUGCUGUUACGAGUCUUGACACUCCUCGCAAAUCUGACGAGCACCGCUGCGACCCACGACUUGAGUCCAACUCAGGAUUUACCCCCUGAGGAGAAAGCAGCAUCUCCAGACACAAUGUACGCCGCCAUAUUUGGUGUCAAUGUAUUGGAGAAAAUCAUAGACAAAUCUAAAACCUUGAUGAAUUGUCAUUCUGACGAAGAUAUCCGUAUACAAUCUAGAAGGAUGUUCACCGCACUUAAGAAGCAGUCCAGAUCCUAAACAGAGUUUAUUAUAUAAUUAUAUUAACUGUUAUUAUUAUUAUUACUAUUGCUUGAACUCAGAAGAUAUAAUAAUAAUCGCCUCAGAUAUUAAGUUCAGGCCAAUGCAAAUGAUGACGAAAGAUAAAGAUGAAAAACCUUUGUUAGUUUUUGCGAGAAACUAAAUGUUAUUAUGGGAUAUUUGUUUUCUAAUCUGCUGACGUGAUAAAGUUUUGGGGACGUGGAGAGGAGUAGAUUCUUAUAUUGCGUUGUUGAAGUUUAAAAAAAAAUAAUGAAAUAUAUAACUUCUAAAAGUA